GAUGACGAGGAUCUCGUUGAUCAUGGUGCAGUGCUCGAUACCUCAACCGGAGUGUCCCGACGCGACCAGACAUUCUAUACCCUCAGCGGUGACGAACCCGACCCAUCACAGACCGACGUCACAUUUACAUGGUGCUUUUCUGUCUGCACAACAUAUGAUCAUUUCAGACAAGCGAUCUGGGACGCGCGAUCCCAUCUUCACGACCUUGGCAGCCUCGUCGAAAACAUGAUACCAACUCCCUUGUCGGUGGCGCGAGGUGGAGCUCGACCCUACUCGCGCUGGCUUCAUCAGUGUCUUUUGAUGUGCAUCUCCGUCAUGGGUUGCUUUUUUCUUACUUGGCGUCAAAAUGAUAGACUUGGUGCGCGGCGGUCUUGCUCAGAGCACUUCAGACAACAUCGCAUCAAACCCCGGGGUUGGGAAAACUGGGAGGGACGCAUUUUCUAUUUAAUGGAGUCAGCGAGUGUAUGCUGCACGAGGCGAGGGCGGGUGAGGUAGCCAUAUGUACCAACGAUGAACGGAAACAUCCUGCAUCUCCAUUCCCUCUUUCCCUCUUUUCCCAAUCAGUCCCUAUUCCUCUUAUUUUUGCUUGGUAUCGUUCCUGGGGGAGGCAUCAUUCACACAUUUUGGGCAUCGUUCACAUCACUCAGCAUAAAAGCGGUCGCUUGAAACGGCCGAUGAGCACACAAACAUAUACGGCCUCUCUGUUCUUGUAGUUUAGGUAGUGAGGGCAGGUGAGCCUGGGCUUUGCGAUACCCAAUCAACGCAGGUAGUAAAGCCAAAGUCUUGUGUCUCUCGUCUGC